CACAUGGAACAUCCAUUAGCCAGCAACCACUCACCACUCGCCUCGGACCGAGAGAGGCGUAUCUACAUAUACCCUUGGUCCUUCUUUUCUUCCCUUGCCAAUAAUAUGUCCAACUAUACCUUCCAAUUAAAUAUUCUUCUUUUUCAUCACCGAUUUCUUGUCUCGAGUUCGAAAUGCUCGGAAUUUUCGGGGCAAAGCGCAAGGCUGACUUCCUCGGUUCGUGGGAUAUUAGGACGGACGAGGAGGAGGCGUCGAGUGGACAAACAACCCCCAACCCGAGUGGACUGGAUAAGAGACUGCCCGGAAUAUCCCAUGGCUUUCAUCAGUUACUGGGGGCGAAAGAUACACCUCCAGCAACGCCGCGGGGUACCACCUCUGCUGGUAGCGCGUUGAACGGAGUCACAGCAGUGGGAGGUGGAGUAGUAGGAACAGUGGGAGGAGGAGCCACAACAGCGGGAGGAGGAGUAGGAGGAGGGGGAGGAGUAGGAGCAGCAGCUGAGGAGAGGGUCAAGAGUCCGGCGGUCAGGGCCACCCCCUCGCCCUCCCCGACAAACCCGCCAGUCGGUCCGCCCAGAGGCAAGUUAAUAGUCAAGAUCAUAGAGGCAAGGGAUCUGGUCCCCAGCAAAUAUCCCUACGUCGUUUGCACGUUCGAGAGCAACGAGUUUAUAUCUCAGGGCCCACGACGGUCAUUCGAUGCAGCCGAGGGACACGGGGGAGACAAGAGUCCUCGGCACAGCAGCAACGGGAAGGCGUCGUCGCCGAGCGGCGUGGGCAGGAGCAUUGCGAUCCCUAUGACCAGCCGCCAGAGCUCGAGCACCAGUCUCUCGGAGAUGCAAGGACAGAAGAACGGCCCGACCUCGGGCGCCGGCUCAACGAAUCCGAAAUGGGACCACAAUGCCGUAUUUGACGUCCUCGGCGAUCAUUCCGAGCUCGACGUAUCGUUGUACGAUCGCUCGAAUCAGGAGUACUUCCUGGGACACGUGCGAGUCUGUCCGUUGCUAAACCAUUCACAACCGGUUAUGGACGGUUGGUUUUCGCUGCAGGCACGGACGCCCAAUGAGAAUGUGACGGGAGAGAUUAAGCUGCAGAUAAGCUUCGAGAGGACCAGUAAGAAGCAUUAUGGACCCGAAGAUUUCGAGGUUCUGCGUUUGAUUGGCAAGGGUACCUUUGGACAGGUGUACCAGGUCCGCAAGAAGGAUACGGACCGGAUAUACGCUAUGAAGGUUCUGUCGAAGAAGGUUAUCGUCCAGAAGAAGGAGGUGGCGCACACGUUAGGCGAGCGGAAUAUCCUCGUUCGGACGGCUACUACCGACUCACCCUUCAUUGUUGGCCUCAAGUUCUCGUUCCAGACGCCCACGGACUUGUACCUGGUGACGGACUACAUGUCCGGCGGAGAGUUGUUCUGGCACCUGCAGAAGGAGGGUAGGUUCAAGGAAGACCGCGCAAAGUUCUAUAUCGCCGAGUUGAUAUUGGCAUUGGAGCACCUGCACAACCACGACAUCGUCUACCGAGAUCUCAAGCCGGAAAACAUCUUGCUGGACGCCAACGGCCACAUUGCAUUGUGUGACUUUGGACUGUCGAAGGCGAACUUGGCGGCUAACGCCACCACCAACACGUUCUGCGGAACCACAGAGUACCUGGCACCGGAGGUGCUGCUGGACGAUCAGGGAUACACUAAGAUGGUUGACUUCUGGUCGUUGGGCGUACUGGUGUUUGAGAUGUGUUGCGGAUGGAGCCCGUUUUACGCCGACGAUACCCAGCAGAUGUAUAAGAACAUCGCGUUUGGAAAAGUCAGGUUUCCACGGGACGCAUUGAGUCUGGAGGGCCGCAACUUUGUCAAAGGGUUGCUUAACCGGAAUCCGAGACAUCGUCUGGGAGCGACCUACGAUGCGAAAGAGCUACGAGAGCAUCCCUUCUUCGCUGACGUGGAUUGGGUACAACUACAGCGCAAGAACGUGGUGCCACCGUUCAAGCCCACGCUCAGCUCCGAAACCGAUACCUCAAACUUCGAUCCAGAAUUCACCAACGCUCCAAUGACCGGCUCACUGAACGCUCGCGCCGCCGCCCUCGCCUCGGCCAACAUGCCCGCCAGCACCCCACUGAGUCCCGGCAUGCAGGCCAACUUCCGCGGCUUCACAUUCGUCGACGAGAGCAGCAUAGACGACCACUUCUCGGGCCGGGACGAAUUGGAGCCUAUGGACGAGGACUCGGAAGACCACUGGGACGAGCGUUGCGACAGCAGAUCGCACUACGACUCAUCAAGAGGCGGGAACCAUCGCAUGAGCGGUGUUAUGCGCACCGGAGACGACGAGGGGGGCGUCUUUGGGAACGGAGGGAUGGAGAUCUGAUCUGAUCCGGUUCGGUUCGGUACGGAAUGGGACGGGAUAUGUGAAAUACGUUCGCUCUAUGGAUUUUUUUUCUCUCUUGAUCUCGAUUUUUCUUUUCUUUCUUCUCUUCUUCUUUUCAUUCUCGUACGAGCUAUUCUUUGGUAUCAGGUAUUCAAAAAAAUUACCGUACGUACGGAUAAGUCGAUGUGCAUCGACUUGUGUAUUUGAUGGGAUUGGGGAUUGUAUGGUUAAUAGUUUGUGACGAUAGCCGUAGUACCGUAGGGGACCCGGGAUGGCAUGGUAGUUAUGCAUGACAACAUGAAAUUUGAAAUGUGAUUUUGAAGAUUGUUUUACC